AUGUCCACCUCGGCCGCUGCGGUCUCCACCAUUACAUCAAUCCAGUCGCCCCCCCCACAGCUGAUCGACCCUCGCGGGAUCAAGGAUGACCUCAGCGUCAUCCAAUGGAUAUAUACUCGCAUCUCCACCGAGCUCUUCAACCUCGUCUCCAACAACGAUGCCACCGUCGCUGAACUUUGGGCCUCUCUUCAGCAGCUCUUCCAGGAUAACUCCGAUGCGUGUGUUAACGCGCUACACAUCGAGCUCCGCACCAGCAUCCAAGGCGACUCUCCGGUCACCGUCUAUUGCCAACGCAUCAAGGCGAUCGGCGACGAACUCCGUGAGCUCGGUGAUCACGUUGACGAUCGGACCCUCAUCAACGCUCUCCUCGUCGGCCUCGGGGAACAGUUCGAGAAGCAGGUCGCCUUCAUCCCUAUGCUGCGACCCUACCCCUCCUUCGUGGAGUUCCGCUCCAUCUUGCAGCUCGAGGCAUAG